CGGCUUUGUGGUUCCUAGAGGCGAUUGAAAAAGAAAGGGAGACGAACGACGAAUUAGAUUUCGCGGCGAAGCGGAGGAAGCUAGCUAGAGGCGACGAUGUUAAUGGCGAAACGAGUAGUGCAAGUGCUGCCUAUCAACCAGGCGGCUCCUGCUCCAACCAUUUUACAUUUACUAGUACAACAACGUCCGAAACUACUAAGCCCACGAAAAAGAGCGGCAACAAAUCCAAGAAAACACUGGUCC